UGCGGGACUACCUUCGAUGCGACAGUGUCUUCAGCAUAAGACUUGUUGCAUGUAACGCGCAUUCGCUCGCUCGCAUAUGUGAACAUGGCGCCGAAUGGCGUGUCUGCCGUUCGCAAGGUGCCACCUUCGCUCAACAAGUCUGUCAAGACAGACGGCGCAUUAUCGCUAGCCCACUUGUUCGAUGAUCUCAAGCAUUACAUCAAAGCAGAGAUCGCUGAAGAUGCGAAGAGAAAGCUCCCUACUGUUAAAAACGCGGGGAGUUGGAACUCAGAGAUCGAUGGAGGCGCAAAGUCAAAAGAACCGAAUGGUCGCCCGAGACCAUCGGUGAAUCGUGUACCAUGGUCUCUGGCUAGAGCAUUCGCUACGAACAAGCCGAUGACCGAUCGCCCGGACAUUCUGAAAUGCAACCACUGCAAGCGCGCGGUCUCAAAGCAUGCUAUGCCCAGACACAUAGAGGGAUGUCUGAAUAAAAAGCAAGAGAAGCAGCGAAAGAAGAAGGAAGCUAAAGAUGCCAGAGAUGCAGCUGCGCGAAAAGAGAGGGCGGGUGACAGUGACGACGACGAUGAUGAAGGCGCCAAAAAGACGGCCCUGAAGAACGGAGGUCUGACGGCGAGCAAAAAGCGCAAAGCGGGAGACGAUGAAGAUGAUGGGGGACCGAACAAGAAAAAGAAGAAGAAGGAUGAUCUCAAAGCCAAAGCACCUAAGGCGAAGCCGCCUGUUGAUGUCGAAAAACAAUGCGGUGUCGAACUACCGCAAGGAGGACAAUGUGCUCGCAGCUUGACCUGCAAAAGCCACAGCAUGGGUGCCAAGCGAGCUGUUCCAGGUCGAAGUGGACCCUAUGACAAAUUGCUCAUGGAGUAUCAGCGCAAGAACCAAGCAAAGCUACACAAGGCAGCCUUCGAUGCCAAUGCUCCAAAUCCCGACGACGACAGUAUGCCAUCGGGCCCGAUCGACAGCGAGGAAGAGAAAGACACCGUUCUGACAAGCAUCGCUCGAGCUUUUGGUGGAGCGCCUAUUUACCAGCCGACAUAUGUUCCGCUACGAAAAAAGUACGAAUACAACCGGAUACGGGGCAUGAUGCAAUCGGCAUUCGGUGGUCGCAGCGGCAGCAAUAUCUUCGGCACCGGCGGAUCGGACAGCAAUCUCGGUGGGGGAGCAAAUAAAGACGCUGCUGCUGACGUGGAGAAUAUCGCACCGAGUCGCAAGGCCAGUGUUGCUCGGAGCAUGAUGGCACCAGCGAGCCGCAAGCCGAGUGUCGCAACUGGUGCUUGAACGAUAAAGGAACACACUAAUUGGCACAGCUCGCAGUUUGGCUUUUCAUGCUUGCCGGCACCAGGAUGCAAUGUAUCAUCGUUUUGGGACGGUCACGGAUUUGGCGCACUUUUCAUUAUGCUUCGACAGAUGAUACCCGGGACGACGGCGUUACACGGAUUGCAGGUUUCAUAGUUCGGUUUCUAUAGGUGGGAUUUUCGUGGGCAACGGGAGAAUGGGAAGGCGCUCAUUUCUUCACAGUUCGUUAUGACCACUUGUUGUACAAAUUUGGGCGCAGAGGGUUACUGUAUAACAGAAAACUUCAACAACUCUUCUGGAUAUUUCUGGAGAGGCUUUUUGGUGAU